AUGGCUAUCGGUCCUACCAUUGGCACUGGCCUGUUCAUCGGCGCUGGCCAGGCGCUCGCGGUUGGUGGACCCGCCUCGCUACUCCUGUCGUAUAUCAUCCUAUCCAUUCUGACCUUUGCCAUAACCACGAGCGUGGCUGAAGUAUCCACUCACUUGCCAUCGCCACAUGGGACACUAGUCACCAAUGGCUACAAGUACAUGUCAAAAAGUCUGGCAUUUGCUUCAGCAUACCUUCGCUGGUACACCCUCGCUUUGUUCGUCCCAUACGAAAUCACAUCGGCGAUGGUCAACCUUGGCCUGUGGAAGCCGGGUUCUACGAUCGCAAUCAGACUGGUUAUCAUCACGACCAUCGUCGUUGGAUGCAACUUCCUGCCGGAAAGAAUCUUCAAGAGCUCCGAGCGAUUGUUCACUGCGAUCAAGAUCGGCACAAUGGCGACCCUCUUCGCCCUCUCUCUGGCUCUGGGUCUUGGAGGUGUGGAUGCGCAGCCCUCGUGGGGAUUCAAAUACUGGAAACACCCAGGGGCCAUGAACGAGUAUCUAGUUCGAGGUGUAUCGGGACGAUUCCUGGCUUUCUUCCAAUGUCUUCUCGACGGCUCCAUCGCUUUCGCGUUUGCCCCCGAGCUGAUUGUGCACCACGCGGAAAUGCCAGCAUCACUUAUGCCGUCAAUUGGUGAAUCAGCGAUUCUAAGCGCUGGCAUCCCAGGUGUAGUCAAAGCUGACGUUUCUCAAACGGCAUUUCCGUAUAUCCUGAGCUCCUUGGCCAUGGGAGUUAUGGCUCCUUUCAAUGACACACGUCUGACAAACAACGGAACGGGCUCCGGGUUUUCUCCUUACCUGAUCGGGCUCAAAGACGCAAAGAUUCAAAUUGUACCUACGAUCGCGAUGGUCGCGAUCCUGCUCUCCGCGGUGGCUUCUGGACGAUCCUUUUUGUUUCUCUCUUCUCGCACACUUUGUGCAAUGUCGGAGCUCGGCCAUGCGCCCUCGGCAUUUUCUACCCGCAACCGUGGACAUGUUCCAUAUUUGGCCGUUGUGGCGUCCGCCUUGUUCUCCUGUCUUGCCUUUGUUUCAGUGAAAAUCCCAAGUACGACCAUGCACACCUAUCUCCUUCGUCUGGUCACGAGCGCCUGUUUCAUCUCCUCGCUUGUGUCAUGCGCCAUCUAUAUUCGCUUCAAUCGACGACUCAGAGCGAAGGGAGUCGCUAAGCGGUAUAGUUUCUCUGUACAGCCAUUUGCCACAUACUUCGGGAUGGCCAUUAGUACCCUACUGCUGCUGGGCGGCGGCUUGUGGGCAGCUCCCAAGGGAAACCUGACCGCCAGAUUGAUCAUCGCAUAUGUCAAUAUCGGUGUAUUCAGCCUGCUGUACUUAUUCCGUCGAUUCCAAGAGUUUGUGCCCGUUGCCGAAAUUGAAAGGCAAAUGGAUAUGGGUGGACUCAGCCAUGGUGACCGUGCAGGACCAAGAGAGCCUCGGACACAGAAGACGAACCCGCAUUGGGGGGGAAGUCGAUGUAAUCCCGGAGGCUUCUGGGGCGUUUGA